CAACACUAACAGCCGAGGCAGAGCGAGCCACCGUGCGUCAGCUGUUCUAGUUAAUCAGUAAGCAGGCGUUAUUUCUGCCACCAUGGAUAGCACACUGUUGAUUCCUCAAGAUGGAGGGCAGGCAGAGAAGGGAGGGAUUGUCAACGACUUCAUGUAUGGCUCCAAUGUGGCAGCGAGCCAUAUCUACAUUCGCAUGGGAUUUCUGCGGAAGGUGUAUGGGCUUUUGUUUGUCCAGAUCUUGGUGACCACAGUUGUUGCUGCUGUAUUUUCUCAAACUCCAGUUCUUCGUGAUACCCUCCAUGAGAAUCCAUGGGUGCUUAUGCUCUGCCUGCCACUGACUUUUGGAAUCCUGAUCGCACUUCAUGUGAAAAGGCAUCAUGUUCCCAUCAACUUUAUGUUGUUGGCAGCAUUCACUGUGGUGGAAGCAAUCACUGUGGGUGUGGCAGUGAGCAUGUACGAGGCAGAGGUGGUUGUAAAGGCUUUCGUUAUGACUCUGCUAAUUACAGGAGCUCUCACCGCUUAUACUUUCCAGACCAAGAGGGACUUUACAAGUAUGGGAGCUGGGCUAAUUGUUGGUUUGAUGAUGCUUAUUGGUCUUGGGUUCAUGAACAUUUUCCUGGGAAGUGAUGCCCUGGAGCUGAUGUUGGCUGGUGGAGGUGCUCUCAUCUUCUGUCUCUUCAUUGUCUUUGAUACUCAGAUGAUGAUGCAGAAGUUGUCACCUGAAGAAUACAUUUUAGCCACAAUAAACCUGUACCUGGACAUCAUCAACUUAUUCCUGGAACUGCUACGCAUUUUCGGUGACAGAAAAUGAUAAGUGAUUAAAGAGCUACUUUCGGAUUUAUUCUAUAUGUUAUAUGCAUACUAUAUGUAUUUUGUUAUGGUUGUUGUAAUAUUUAAAAAGAAUAUUUACUAAUGGAAUCAUGAAUUUAUAGCUCAUUCCUCUCACUGGAUGGUGAUGUUAAGCUUUUAUCUGCCUUGCAUGUUGACAUUGGCUGCUAAGUACUAAACUUAUAAAUAUCCAGAUAAGCUUAACAACAUUUUUACAAUAAACAUAUUAUUUACAAAUAAAAAGAAGCAGAAAAAAAUUCAUUGUAUUGAAUUGUUUGACUUAAUUCAAGCCAGACCAAUAAUUGCCUACUUAGUGAUACUGAGGCUUUGUUGCAAAUUAGCAUGCAUACAAAGGCCAAUCCCAGAUUAUAGAAUAUUAUCUUUGUGUAGGGGGACAUGGGAAGUAAAGUACCUAUCAAUACACAGGCCUGAGACUAGACAGAGUACUUGGCAGGAAUGCCUGCUUUUGGUAGUAGUAUGCUAAGUAAGGAGGAGUGGUGAACUGCUUGGGACAGGCUGGAGUGUAACUGACUCCUUGCAUAUCAAGUGGAUUGAUAACGGUUUUGUUUCUGGAGCGUGAAUCACUUGACUCGGAUCCUCUUUGGUGAGGGUGAACUUUUAUAUCUGAAUUGUAAUGGAUACCUAUCAUUAUUUAAACUAUUGCUGUAAUAGUUCAGACAGCUUUUGUGAUUAGGUAUAUUCAUGUAGAAGAACAAUUUGAGGUAAGGAUAUAGAGAAGGUAAGAUAACCAAGAAACUUAUUUAAUUUUGGCUUACAUGGAAACUUGUAGAGGAAAAUAAUGGAUGAAGUAAUGGGAUUAUUUUUAAUAUUAGUGUAUGUACCUGAAUGGCAUUUGGAUCUGUCACAGAUACAAAAGCAUGAUUUCCUUACAGUCUCAUGGAAUUAGUAAGGUAAUUUAAAUGAAUGUUUAUUAAUGUAAAAGAUGAAUGAUAGAGAUGAAAUGAGGUGUUUUAUUCAUGAACCAUCUGUACAUAAAUAUAAGUGAGUUAUACCUGAUUUAUAUUUUCUAUAUAUAUAUAUAUAUAUUAUGAGGUUCUUCAGUCUGUCUUUGACAAAAAAGAGAAAGACAUAUGUAUAAAAACUACACUGUCAGUGAUAGUAUUUACUGGAUAUCAAUUAAAUUUUGAACAAGCUACUGCUGCUUUUAUGACAGGGUUGGUACAAAUGUUUCUUAAUUGCCUUUCAUAGCUAUAUAUUUAUUUUUUAAGUUAAGUAAUUUAUAGUAUGAAAUUAGAAAUGGGAGUAAGACUCAUAUUUUUGAGACAUGAGACACUACUGCAUUUUAUGAUGGUUGCAAUUCAAGGAAAUCUUUGUGAUUGAAUAUUAAAAUAUUUACAAAGUGCCUGCAAAAGCUCAAUAUUUCAGUUAUUUUUUUAAUCUAUAUUCAUUUGCGGUGCAUGUGAACAUGCCUGAAGGACAUGCUGGCACACAGGAAACAACUUCUGUCUGUGAUGAUUUGCUGUACCUUAUCCAGAUAUGUCUUAUUGCAUUUAAGCUUUUCAAGGUUUACUAUAGUUUCAAACAAGAACAUUUAGUUUCUGAACAAUGUACUGUAUUGGGAAUAGUUUAUUAAAAAUAUCAACAUUGA